AUGGCACAAAGGAGAUGCCUACAAAAGAUUUCAUGGAGAUUCGUUCUUCCUCUGCGUCAGCAACAAAGAGCAUCGAUUGGUAGUGGAAGGUUUGAAGCAAGAACUCCUACCAUUGCCGCCAUUCGCGGCUUUGCAACGGCCACUGACGUUGCUGCAGCAACAUCUGUUCCAGCAGCAAAGACUCUGCCGGAAGCCUUUCGAAACUCGACUCUGUACAGCGAUGAUCGUAACUACACACUCGUAAGAUUUCCGACAUCGUCCAUGGGUCUUGCCCUCCGACUUUGGAACGAUUCCCUCAUGAGUUCCACUGUUUCUACCACCACCACCACCACCACUACUACUACUACCACAACUACUACACAGCCAAAACCACCACCGUCUUUUGGAGGAUUCUUGGUGGACAAGGACGAGAUCACAAUGUUGGUUCCAAGCGAUCUUUACCUGGAGUAUUGCAAGAACAUGAACAUUACUGACAGACAAGACGACUUCUUGGGUGCUGGUACCGACAAUGGUAUCAAGUAUCGACUCUUUACCUUUGACAAUGUCGUUUUGCAUCCAUCCCUAGUGGGAUUCAUGGCCGUUGUCACUAGAGCUCUGGCGGAUCACGACAUUUCGGUCUUGCCUUAUGCAGCCUACAGCACGGAUCAUAUCUUUGUGGCCGAGAAAGAUGCCACGAAAACCAGGUCGAUUUUGGAGGGUCUUCCAGAGUAUUUGUCAAAGGAUACCGAUGGCAUUUCUUGA